AAGUCAAAACAUAAAAAACAAAAAACGAACGUUGGAAAUUUCGUGGACGGUUCCUAACAUUCUUUCAGAGCGCGUGAGGAACGGAAAUUGUGCGGGUUUCGUUCCCCUGAAACAAGUCCUUUUCUCACUUUGAACAAUUUCUGAACCGGAACUGAGAGCUUCAAAGCUUAUUCAUCGGAUUUAUUUGCUGUAAGUUUUUCCACUUCCUUGGAUUUCAUCAUCAAAAUAUUUUAUAAUUAGUUUUAAGAAGCAGAUUCUGUAGUUUAUGUGGAGUAAGCAGCAGAUUUGUGAACUUCGAUCUUUUUUACACAGGAGAGAAUCAGGUGCAUACACAGGCAGCACGUGUAACUUGCUUUGAACAAAUUAUCUGAUUCAAAUCAAUUGUUUCAAUUAUGAGCAUUCAAAGAGUGUCUUCAUAUGGAUCUUCUCCUUCCUCAAGUUGGAUACAUGAUGUCUUUAUAAGCUUUAGGGGUGAGGACACUCGAAAGAACUUCACAGAUCAUCUUUACACUGCUUUGACUUGGAAAGGAAUCAAUGUAUUUAAGGAUGACAUAGAACUUGAGAUUGGGAAACCCAUUUCAUCAGAACUCCUUAAUGCAAUUGAAAAAUCAAGAAUUUCAAUAGUUGUUUUUUCAAGAAACUAUGUUUCUUCUACUUGGUGUUUGGAUGAACUUGUUAAGAUCGUUGAAUGUAAGAAUUCAUUGGGACAGAUGGUCAUUCCAAUUUUCUACGAUGUGGAUCCAUUAGUAGAACUAGAACAAAUGGGAUACUUUGAGGAAGCGUUUUGUAAUCAAGAAGAAGCAUUUAGGGACAAUUUACAACAGGUGCAAAAAUGGAGGAGUGCUUUGAUGGAGGUGAUUAAUCUCUCUGGAUGGGAUUCGAAGGAUAGGCAUGAAAGUGAGUUUAUCAGAGCAAUUGUGGAAGAAGUGUCAAGUAAAUUAGGAGGUUCGACUUCAACAUUUAUGAAUCUGAAGAAACUACUUGUUUCAUGUUUAGAUCAACUGCAAGCACAAGCGCAGACAAUGAGAAUCCAGUGGGGCCGAUCCGUAAUUUCAUCAUCACCUUUUUUUUUUUUUAAAUUUUUUUCCAGAAGGUAUCCGAUGACCUGUUCCGAAACCUCACCUAAAGCCAGGUAUUCUUUAUUUCCGCUUUUUGACUUUCAAGGCCGUUCAUCAUUAAUGUAAGGGAAUCUAAAAUAUUUUAUUUUAUUAAAUAGGUGUAGGCCACUUGCAAACUA